AUGGAUAACAACAAGUCAACCGCGCGCGAGCGCGAUCACCUCACGCAACUCCCUUCGGAGUUAUUGCAUAGUAUCUUUUCAUAUCUUCUCCCAAGACAUUCUCCUGAAAGGUCUAUAUUCGACCCCAAGAAUGAGAAGAAGAAUCCGUGCUCCCACGAGCUGGAUAAAGUCGCAGCCACGAAUAAAGUGCUUCGCUCCGAAGUGAACGAAUGGGCGAUGCACUUCUUACUCAGUCACAAGAGCAUCACAAAAUUUCAGGCGCCAAAGUCCGCAACGAAGAAAGAUCGUACGACCAACUACCUCCGCGGUCGAAAGGGUCUGCUUACUUGGUGCUCGUCUCAUUGCGUGUUUUGCGGCAAGAAGUCGGCACGAUCAGCCAUACUCGUCAAUGGUUUUCGCUGCUGCAUGGCAUGUGACAAAGCUCAAUGGGAGAAAAUCACUCUUACCGACGCAAUGACUAUUUACGGUCUCAGAGAGCAAGUUUUGCUCCCGGAAAAGCACGUCAACUGCCAUAACAGUCGCAAAUUGCUGGCCCAGAUCGGGUUUCCUCGAGUACGGUACGGAGUGUACACCUGCCAGGGCGGAAAGGCAUGCAUGUUCUUACUCGAAGAUGUCAAGCAACUCGCCACACUCAUUCACGGAGAGCUUGAGAUCUACAUGGCAAAGCGCGAGGCAGCACGAGUCGCCCGGAAAGCGAAAGCACGCAGCAAGAUACAGGAAGGGGAUUUCGCGAAGGAGCGAGGAACAAUUGCCUCCCCUAGUUCAGCAUAA